AGUCUGACUGAUCCAGGAGUUACUUGCAGAAGUUGUGAGUUUGAUUCCUCCAACUGCUCAGCUCGCCUCGCACACCUUGAAGUUGUAGUGACCACGACUAGUUCCUCUUGCUACAACUCCCUUUAGCAGCGUUAGUACACGAGCACUUGUUGAACGGAAUCCCCGGUCUCAAACAACUCCUCCUUCAAAGCUAGCGACUUUCCUCAGGAGCUCGAGACCCUCGAAUAAGCUAGCUGUGUUGCGUCAUUGAGACUGCACGCUAACGUGGUGAAGAGAGAGUUUAGUCGACCACGAAGGACCUGCUCGUCUUCAUCAACUUCAGCUGCAUCUUCAAGUAUCGCGAUUUAAUAAGGUUCACUUUGACUUCUAGGAAUACUUGUACGAGGACACAUCCUGCCGUGAUAGAAGCGCGAAUAAGAAGAACAGGUACAACAUCGCAGCUGAUUAAGAGCAGGAUCAGUAUCCACCCUCUUCAGACGUGAUCGAAAGAAGAAGACGCCCUCUUCUAGAAGUUCCAUUCACGCACGAAGACCACAGAUUCAGAUUCGCAUCAUUUUCUACAUUUAGUGGCGGACUAGUAGAGAUAUAUCGAGCAACGAAAACGAAUGUAGACACGAAGCCGCGUGACAGCACCCUCGUUGCUGCUAGUCACAAUCGCGUCCUUACAGAAAAAGCCAAUAGGAUCCAGCACAACUACAACUUACUUGGUCUGAACUACUUGUACUUGGAAGAAGUAGAUUGAUGAGCACGACGAACUUGCUUGUCCAUCACCAGUGAAACCUGGUCUAGUACUUCUCCGACUCUCGUCUUGCUGCCAUCAGACGAGCAAGUGGGCAGAAUGGAGGCAGUUCUAGAAAAUUAUUUUGACGAGUCCACUCGUCAAUUGCGAAGUGGUGCACCGCAAAAAAAUGACGUCAAGUUGCCACCAAUACACGCUGGGCCCACUGCGAGUGCCAGCAGCUGUAUUCUUGCGUUCUUUGCAUGUGUGAUGUUGCAUAGAUAUAGAACAUCGUGUUUGUUUAAGAAAUACAACUUUUGCUGUAUUCAUCUGGCAUCGAAUACCUUCGAAAAGCACUGCAACUGCAUGUUCUCACAAGAUCUUAAGAAACCUAUCGUUCAAGACGUUUAGCCGCCUACUCCUUCACUUCACAGCAAGCCUGCCGCCCGGGAUGAUGACAGAAGCCUCAUUCAAUCUCGCAACGCAGCCAAGUGCGAAACCACCUCGAGAACAUGUAAACCUUACCUUUCGUUUUCCUUCAUCCUCAUUACUUCUCAUCGGAAAUACACCUGCGCACCAAUAGAAUGUUGAACUUUUGAUGCAAUACUGUGAUGCAUUUUUUGCUUUUUUCGAACUAAGUAGUACAGUGACAGCGUGCGUACUUGGUGAUACCACUUAUAUCAAUUUCUCUACAUAGUGUAUCUCAUACCAUCUUCCCUCCAUCAGGUUAUGCGGUCUUUGAUCGAAGAAAGAUACGAGGAAGUACUGAAGGAGAACGAGAAACUGAACAGGAAAAUACGGGGUCUCCAUGACCAACUAUCCAUAGUACAGGCGAAAAAAGAUGCAUACAAAGGGCAAAGUGAGAAAUCAGACCGGGAAGUGGAACAGGUGCAGAAGGCAUUCGAUGCUGUGCAACGUGAUGCACAGAGGUACUAGACUUGACAUUUUCAACCUCCUAGAAUUGUCAUAUUUGAUAACUUGCUAUAAUCACACAUUAUUUUUGUUCUAUAACCUACUUAUUUUCUUAUUCUUUCGUACUACCUAUCAAGAAUAAACGCCAAUUUCUGUUACUUUUUAGAGCAUUUUUUGUUUCUGCACAUUUAUACAACUACUACAAAAGAUUGAUAUUUACAGCUUCGGGGUGACUGUAUAUUAGAGUUCGCUGACAAUACAAUGUUGUUGAAAAGACGUUGUUAGAUAAUGAAUCUGACUUAAAUGAGAUGAAGUCAAAAUUCUAUGUUUCAAUUCUUAAAUUCAUCAAAUUUCUUGUUUCAAUCAUAUAAUUUGACCUGUUUUGUCUGGUAUUCAGACUUUGUUAACACAUCCCUAACCUAAAAAACACAUUAAAGCACUCAAACAUGCGAAUAGUCACUAAUUCAGAUGCAUUCUACUGAAAAUUCCUGAAAUUUGACUGUUUUCUUCGAAUUUGACACAUCCAGAUGAAAAGCCAACCUCAGGAAUUGAAUUUUGAAAAGAUGAGAUAAAAUCAGAAAUUCUUGGAUAGGGCUUACUUUCGUGAAAUUUUUUUCUCACUAAGUACGACUACAUUCUGCAUUUAUUUCUGAAUUUCCACCCAGAAUUCAAAGCGAAAACGAGUACUGGGCUAGCGCGUCUCGAGAGGCAGUGGAAAUGAUGAAUGAGAUGCGACAGAAUCACAUCACAGAGGUGAGGUUAUUGCAGCGAGGAUUGCAGAAUAGGCAGGGCGAGGAUAGCAAAAAUAGGGUAUUUCAACAUGAGCGUAUCAUAAGUUUAGAUGAUAACUUUUGAUUGAUUCGACAUGAUCUACUAUUCUUGCUUGGACAACUCUUUUUCUUUCGUCGUUGUCCCUGCUACGGUACAUUCCUUUUACGAACGAACCAGGUAAAUGAAAUGGCAGACCUGUUGGAUAGGCUAGGUAAGUGUAUAGUGCAGCGGGACGAGGUGCUGAAAGAGAAGACUAGGCUGAAAGCGCAGCUGCAUCAGUCAAGGCAAGAGGUGAAAACACUGCAAGACGAGAGGAGAAAGUUUCAGGCGUCGACAAAGAAAUAUCAGGUGAGCAUAUUAUUAUAGUUGCUUUUUUUUUUAUUUGCCUUCAGAAGGGUAUGUGACAACCUGCUUUUGCUUGCUGGCAACUACAAGACUUUUUUUCCUAUCAUACUUACAAGAGCGGCCUCUUCCAUCUAUAGAUAAAUCAAUGUCCAGCAACACAUCCAUACAAACAGAUACAACUAUCGGAGCUGAGUAAGGCGAACAGUAUUUUAAUGGGCGAAACAGGUGGUGGCGGGAAGGGCGAGGAAGACGACCUUUCGGACGACGAAUUUGAAGAGGAGCUGUGCAAUUUCGAGAGGAGAUAUCAGGUAAUGAAUGGAUUUUUACAGAAGACCGUUCAUAUUUCAACAGCUUGAGAAAUCUAGAAAUCUAGUGGUUCUGACUCAUGGGAGUUCGAAGACAUUCAACACGAGUCUCGAUCAAGUUCUCAUAAAGGUAGUUUGCACGACCUCGACCAGGAGCUAUUCGCCUUGUUAAUCGAAUAUUUUUAUUUCUUCUUUUCCUCGCCUAUCUUGUUGAAGGUCUUGGACGAGGGUGCCAAGGGCUUAGACCAUUGGGUAGAGAGCCUGCACAGGGAGCGCGGCCUCCUAGAAAAGAGUAAGACAGAGCAGCAGGAUCUGAUAGGUAGUCUCGAGCGCAAUGUCAAGAGCUAUCAUUCACUUUGCGACCAGAAAGACCUAAAAUAUGCGGAUAUGGAGUCAAGAUACGCCAAGGUGCAGAGCGAGUACGCAAGACUCCAGACUCAGGUACAGGGAUUAGCCGUUGCUGCACUACUUGAUAGUCUUAGUUGUUUUCACUUCUAUGAAACGUACGCUGUCGUCUUUCCGGAAAUAAUGCAAUCUGGUAGCUGGUACUGUUUGUCUGCACUGACAUUCACAAACACUGACACAUUCUUGAUCUUGCUUUGAUGUCUGUCUCUGUGCGCAUACAAACAUACUUCAACUUCUUCUACAGGUUGCCCAGCGGCAGCAGGACAUCGAGUAUCGAAUCGAGGCCGAGCGGCGUAACUUCGAAGUUCGCAUCAAAAAGAUGCAGACAGAGUUUGAGCACGCGUCGUCCACCGCCAUGGGCUACCAGACGCUCAACGAGAAACUCCAGAAUGAGUUGAUGAAAGUCCACGAUGCCUACACAGCUCUAGAGGUGGGCGCACAGAUGGCGGACCCAGAAGAGGAGGCCGAAAGAAGGAGAAUAGAGCAAAAUGCAAUGGACCCGAACAAACCCAGAGUCAUAUUCCCACAAGAAAGGAGCGACAAAUACGACAUAUUGUCACAGGUAACUAUGAAUGUAAAAGUAUACCCUCACCUUCAGCUCCACCAAUGAUCAAUUCCAUCACUACAUGAUGAAAACUAUAUUAUUCAUAGCCUUCCAGUACCAGAAGUACCAGUUCCACUUCAUCUAGUUCUUUCACCUUGCCGCAGCAGUUGUUGUUGCACUCGCAAUCAAUUAACACGACUUGUUUGAAGAAAUUUGAUGUGAAUUACUUAUGAUUAUAAAUAUACCUAGAACUCAUCCUCCUCCGUGAUGUCCGCAGAUCAUUCCCUGCUAAAUUUACACUCUCACUCUACUACAUUUUUCAGGUGGCGAUGGAUCCGCAGACUUUGCAACUAUUUGUCCGGGAUGUGAUCGCAGACGUGGUGAAUCGUAUGGCGGAUAAGGCUGGAUUUGGCCAUCUGUCAGUGGACCAACAGUUUAUGUCAGCAUCACUCACCAAUUUCAAGGAUGUCAUCGGUGGUGGCCUCGGCUGGAAUGGCGAACCAAACAUGCUCGCAGCCCAGGCCAGCUUUACAAGGACGGGAGAGCUCCUCAAUAUGGAGGUUCUUUGUCUUGGAGGAAUUUCACUCUGUGAGACUAAUGAUCAAGAAUUUGUUUCUAGUACCGUUUCUACCCACAAGAAAUAUCGGAACUAUAGAAAAUUUUUCUUAAGAACCGUUCAGCUUCAUCAAGCCAAAAAAAAACAAAAAUUUACUUUCCUGAGAUCAAGCAAGAGGACGAGAAUUAAAAUUAUUCUCACACUAGGUUUGGCUCGUGGGCCCAGAGCAGAUGGAAGUUCGAGGGCACGAAGUCAGCAGCAACGAGCGGUUCACGCUCGAUUUGCCGGAGGAGCUGCUUACAGAGUUGGACCAGGAGGAUCCAUGGACGGAGCUGUUCCAGAUGGUCGGCAUGGUCGCUGGCCCGCCGCGCAAGAUGGUGUUCCCGACGUUGUUGGGGCGAAAGGAGGUCACCAUAGCACCGUCCAACAUGGAAGUGAUUCUCACGAUCUACAUGUACGACCCGAGAAGGUACUACCUCCAGGUGUACCACGUCACCACGCAGCGCAUGGCGGAUCUAAUCCUGAACGAAGACAACGUCACAGACGACAUGGCACAGGGACUAGCGCCCCUGCUGAAGAAGCCAGAGUUCCUCUACGAACUCAUUCGAAAGUGCCUCCUCCUCGUGGACAAAGAAAACGAGGCAGGACCUUUGGAGCCAGCAGUGCUAGACCUGCGAUGCGAGUACGACCCUAACAAAUCCGUCGUACCAGGCGAGGAGAAGUAG